AAAGCGAACAAUCAGUACGAAUAGUUUAACAGGUGGAAUAAGCAGCCCCUUAACGAACCCAUUUGAUAACGAAACUAAGAAGGAGCCACGGCAUGCUAGUUGCACAAUUCAAGGCAGCCGCUGUCUGCCUUUGCCUGGGGUUGCUCAUGGCUAUAGGCUCAGUGCAAGCACAGGAGAAUGCCCAACUACAGAUCCCACCCUCACUGAUCGAAUGCUAUAAUACGUCGUAUUUCAUGAACCGAGACAACCGCCUACCAUCCAACAUGGACACUUUGAUCUCUCUCAUUGAGAAGGUCGAGCAGAGCUAUACGGCGACGGGGUAUCAGGUGGACAUUCGCACCCUAGCCGUGGCCUUGCUGCAUCGCUUUCGCCAGGACGGCAUCAGACGAGCACCGGGUGUUACUCCCGUGAGUGGGGUUAUACCCUACAGUCCGACGGGCUUCCAGUUUCCCAAACUACGAAUUUUGCUAUCUAGCCUGCUACCCGGCAAUGCAAAUAACUUUCCGAACAGCUCGCUGACCAGCACGGAGCGCUGUUCCUUGCACUUCAUGCUCUCCAGCACUUUCGAUACGAGGCAGCGAGGCGAUGAGAAUACCGUGUGCGGACAGCUCUCUCAGUACCGCGCUCAGCGCUUGCCGCGCGCUCUCAAAAAAGAUGCCAGCAGCAAUUUCCUUGGGGAUGCCGAGUGGCUAGAUAUCAGACCGAAACGUACGCGUACUGGUUCCAACUAUGUGCAGAUGGGCGAGCUGGACUACGAAACGGAUUGGGCCUAUGCGGGCACCGAGGGUCAAAGUCAGUGUCCUGUGGAAGACGGAGUCGUGCGCACGCCAUGGGGCACCGUCUCUGCGGGCAGUCUAAUAGCAGGUGUCGCAACAGGACUGCAGCAGCAAAAUGUCCCGGUGAAUACCCUGCUGCAACUCGCCAGACGUGGCCGCACUCAGUCUCAAACGGGUACCUCUUACGUAGACAAUCGCUGGGCAGCGACGCUUGCGGGCGAUCUGGCUGAGGUGACGCUCGUCCAGGUGCCAGUUUCGCCUAAUAAUGUAGCCACAGUGGGCGCCACAGGUGGUUGGAAUGAUACAGUGCUACCGCACUGGUAUUUCCUGUCGCAGCGAAACAAUUUGGAGGCAACCGAUGCCGAGAUUCGUGGUGGCCUUGACGGCCUCAUCAUAGCCAAGAACAUUAACAGUUGGCGCACCCAGGCGUCCAGCUUGAAGCUCUCGCAGUUGCUGCGCAUGUACUACUCCUCGACUGGCGUGUUGAGCUCUGGUAUCCAGGCCUGCAGUCGCCAGCAGCAGUUCCCCAAUGUAGCGCCCACAGCCGAAAUGCAGGCACAGACGAGCGCCUUUGCCCAGGUACUCGAUAAGGGAAUGCAGCUGCGCGUAACCAUUCAGCCGCCAGCGAUUGCGCAAUUCGCUCAAACGGCGUCCCUCUCGCUUGUCACCUAUGUGCCUCAAUCUUUGAACGAUGUCUCCUGCACCGCCAGCAACACUCAGGAUCUGUCGGAUAUUAUCACACCCAUGACCAAUUUGUUCGUAUUCCUGGACACUACUUGGCAGUACAGUGCUAUUGCGGAUUACGUAGCAUACGUACUGCAGCAGCUGAACAUACAUCCCUAUGCCAGUUCUGUGACCUUGUUAUCUGCCUUUGAUGGCUCGAUUAUAGUGAACACCACGAACUAUGUGACUGAUGUUUACCAACAAUGGAAUGCCACUGUACAGUCGAAUUUACAACAAGGCUUCAAUCUACCGACUGUUCUUCGCACGAUUCAAAACCUGACCCAAACGCUUUUGAAUGGCGAGCAGACCAACUCGAGCGUUGGCGGUCGCUCCUUGGUGGCACUGAUAAUACCGAAUCAAGCGAACGUGAACGACGGCGAUUCGAACUACGCGACAACUGAACUGCAGUACAUAUAUGAGCAGAUCCCCGAUCUGCGCUUCAUCUACUAUGGUGGUGGCAAUAUUCAGCGCUUCUCUAACUUUGUGCGGGACCCGACGAAGGAUCUGUUCUCUCUGAUGACGGGCAGCACCGUGGCCACAUCGGCUGGACCCGUGGCCAGGCGUAUAGUGAAGAUACCUCGUCGUAUUAUCAACCCGCGGUGUGGCUCUAUGUGGUAUACCACAAGUUGGGGCACUGACCAGAUGUACCAAUACGUGCGUCCCGGUAAAAUUAACUUUUAUCGCGUUGCAUCCAACUAUUUCUUCGGAACUGGCACCAACCGUGUGGUGACCAUUCAGUCCCAGAACGGAGGCGCCUUUACCAUCUGUUCGUCGCGCACCUACGAGUGGCCACAGCAGAACUCCAGCAGCUCCACCAACAACGGCGUGGAUCAGAGCUGCGUGCAGAUCAACGGCAACAGCUACUCGUAUGAUUUGUCGAAUGCCUGCGGUGGCUACUACACUAUCACACAGUGUCCACCUCUCUACUUGUCUGUCCAGCCGGGCUCUCUGAAUACUACGUCCUGUACGCAGGAUGCCUGCCAGACGCCAGAUGAAUGGCGCUACAUCGUUGCCUCGGUCAACAUGGGCUGCUACAGCGGGGUUUCCGGCCUGGCCGCGAGUCUGCUGACCAUUUUGUUGGCGUUGGUAUUGCAGCGCUCUCUGCAGUAGUCGGCACGCAUAGUUGCCCACAUAAAAGUUCAAAUUACUACACAACACAUCUGUAUGUAUGGCCCACCAUAACCCUCCCUUAUUAUCGUAAUUUUUUUAUUUAAGUUAUAAGUUCCAGUGAGAAAUUCGCAAAUAAAGUCUACCCACUAGAACUAAAAA